AUGAAUCAGUAGUCCUCCAAGACAAAUAAGGAGCCAUAAUUGAUUCAGAAUAGAGAGAAAGACCAAGAUUAACACUUGGUUGAUGAUGAGUUGAUUUAUUAAGAAGGAUAAAUUCUAUCUGCAAAGCAUCAAAAUUAUAAUUAGUCUUUAUUAGAUUAAACUAAAUAAAUUAACUAGUAAUUAGAUAAAAAUGUUAGCCUAAACAAGCAGAAUUAAUAAAAUUUAACUAGUCCUGACUACCAUCAGCAAACUCAAGCUUUAGAAUCUAGCAUGUGUUUGAAUAAUUAUGGUCAUGAUACUUAAAAUAGUUGUUAAAUCAAACCUUUUUAAGAGGAAAUUUAAAAUAAAAAAGUUAUCAAAAAUUAGAUUAUCAGUUCAGAUAUGAGGAGUAGACUUAAAAACAGAAAUAAUGCUAGAUUAAAUUAGCAACAGCAGCAGUAACAGAAUUAGCAGUAACAAUAAUCUAGAUAGCAGUAGGCUACAAUGAAUACCUCAUUGUCCCCAAAUAAGACAAGCAAUCAAUCUAAUUAUUAAAGCUAAGAUGUAUUUUAAAAUAAUUAAGAUUUUAAGGGAAUCAAAGAAGAGUCUGAUAAGAUUCUGAGAAGUUAAAUAAGAAAAACUAGCAGUAAAGAAAUCGAUAGCGAAUGGAAGUCACCUUUAGCGGGGUUUUAAAACUAAAAUAAUUCUCGAAAUUUUGAUGAAAUUCUCACUGUAAGUUAGAAAAUGAAAAAAUCUAAGAGAGUUAAUUCCAAAGAGGAUUUUGGAUUACAAAGAGAUAGGGGAAAAAGGCAAGAUAGCUUUGCUAAUUUAAAUGGUGGAAAUUCAACUUUCAACCAAAUUCCUGAGGAUUUUAAUAUGAAGGGUGGGUUUUUUUCAAGAGAUGAUAAUAAAAAGGGGACAAUUAUCAGUGGUGGAAGCAGGAUUCAUCAAGAUAAAAUGAGAAUUUCUGUAAAUACUAAGCAGUUAAAUGUACCCUCAUAGUAAUCUAUUGGUACAGAUGAUAAUUUUAAAAAUUUAACCCUCUAAGUUCCACAUGCUAAGUAGCAUAAUCAGAAAGAUGCAGGAUUUAAUAAUCAAUAAUCUCCUAGGAGUAAAUAGUUUUUAGCAAAUUAAACAAAAUCUGUUUCGCAGAGUUCGUUACACAAAGAUAGUCCUUCUAAAAUGAAUUAAACAAAAGGUGGAUUCUUUUAAUUUUUUAGUAACUUACUGAAAAUAAGCAAAAAAGGCACUCAAAACACUCCUCUAAAUAAAGUGAACCCAGCUCCAAACAUGAUGCUGCAAUCAUAACACUACUCUAACCCAGCAUCUAACAUUUUCUAAAAUUAAAACAACAGCAACAUUGUUAUGAGCUAGUUAAUAAAUAAUCCUAACGUCAAUACAAGCCAAGCAAACAUACCAGCAGAAAUAAACCCAGGCACUAAUUGGAAUUUCGUAAAAAAGCUUGCUAAAGUAAAAAAAUUUAUCGAUUCAAUAAAAAUAUCAAGCUUGUACUAGUCAUUCUACAAGGUAAAAAAAUCACAUUUAGAUCUGAUAGGAGAUUCAUCUGAUUACAAUGUUGUUAUUGAAAAUAUUAAUUAAAAGACAUACAACAGCAUGUAUCUUACUGAGGCAGAGUUAAAGAAACUAAGAAAAAGUCAUUAACGUAAAUUCUACAAAUCAUUUCUUCUUUGGAUUGAAAAUCUAAGUUAGUAUAUCCCGUUAUUUCUUCCACAUCAACCUCUGAUUAAUUGGUUUAAGGUUAUCUUAUUAUUUAUCUCGAUCAUUACUUUAGUGUAUGUUCCUUUGAAAGGUUCAUUCGAUUUAGUUGUUGGGUCUAACUCUCCUGAGUUUUAUUUAAUUUUUUUAAUACCAUUUUUAAUGUAUAUUUCAGAAAUUCUUGUAGCUUUUAACACUGCCUACUACGAAGAGGGAGAUAUUUAAAUGAAUAGAAUCAAAAUAAUUUAAUAGUAUUUAAAGACAAUGUUUUUUGUUGAUUUGAUCACCACAGUUUCCUUAUAUUUUCUAUACGCUUAGCAAAAGCUAUACUUUGCAAUUCUAGUUAUGUUUAAGAUCUUCAGGAUAGGAGCUUAUCGAAGAGAUAUAAACGAAUAUUUUUAUAUUUAGCAAAGGUCUAAUACACUUUACACUCUAGUCAAUCUAAUUAUCACUGUGAUACUGGUAGCUCAUUACUUUGCAUGUGGAUUUAAUUACAUAGCUGUCAUAGAGGAAGAUUACUAUAAUGCGAGUAGCUGGGUUAAAGAUUUAAAUAUUGAUAACUAAUGGAUCUCUCGCUAUAUUAAUGCUAUAUAUUUCUCUUUUAUUACAAUGGUUACAGUAGGUUUUGGUGAUAUCAAACCUACUACAGAUCCAGAAAAAGUAUAUGUUACUCUUGUAGCUUUGAUUUCUUCGCUUAUUUUUGCAUAUACAGUUAACACAAUAGGAACUGUUUUCUAAGAAAUAGCUUAGCAGGAAGCUGAAUAUAAGGCACAAAAAUAUCAUCUAUCUAUUUAUAUGAGAUCAAGAGGUAUAAAUUAGUAACUGUAGACAAGGGUUAUGAAAUAUCUGGAUCACAUGAUUCAUAAAUAGUUAGAAUCUCCAGAAAAAGGAUAGGAAAUUCUGAAAAAAAUGUCAAAGAAGAUAAGAGAUGAAAUUUACAAAGACUUCUAUGGAAAAAUUCUUUAAAAUUCUAAAAUGUUUAAGUUCAAUUUUAGUGAAAAUUUUUUAAAAGAUUUAACUGUUCAAAUGAAAGAAAUUAUUUGUCGUCCAGGAGAAAUUAUCUUCACAUUAAAUGAAUGUGAUAAUCGUAUAUUCUUCAUUAAUAAAGGGGAAGUCCAGCUUUUUUUAGAAAAAUAUAAGAGGAAAGAUGAACAAGAUAACUACUCUUAUGAUAUCCUUACUAAAGGAGACAUUUUUGGAGAGUAAAGUUUUUUUACUUCAAAAUUAAGAGAAACUAGUGCCAAAAGCCUUUCAGUUUCACAUCUAAUAUACUGUACUUAUGACGAUUUCGUCUAAGUUUUAAAAUAAUUUCCUAAAGACCACGAAAAAUUUUGUUAAAUGAAGGAUGAAAUUUUAAAUUAUGGUGAAUAGCUAAACACAAAAUGCACAGCUUGUUAGAAAUUUCGUCACUCAAUUUUUAAUUGUCCAUAUGUGCAUCUAAAAACUAGGAGAGAAAAUGUGAUACAUAGACACAUUCGUUCAAUACCAAAUGAAAGAGGUAAACCAGAAAAUGAUCGCAGAAAACUAAAAACAAAUGCAUUAAAAAUUUGCUAAAAGGUCAAGAUUAAAUUGAGGAAAUUAAGAAAAAUGUACAUAUCAAAAUAAAAUAAGAAAAUGAAAGAUGAGGAAAACAUUUAACUUGAUGACAACAAAGCAGGUUACUUAAUAAAUGUUAAGAAGACUUAUGAAGAUGAAGAAUCUUCUGAUUCAGUUAUUUCUGAAAAACCAAUAGAACUCAGGAAGAUAUCUGAUAAAAAAUUCUUUCAAACAAAUCCAAGAUUAUUCUUGGAUCAGUUUGGUUAAAUUUGUAUUCAAAACGAAGAUGACGAGCAAUAUGAUGAUAAUCAAGAAGAAGAGGAAGAUGAAUUUUAAGAUGAUUCUAGAGAUAUUUAGAUGCUUGAAGAUGAAGACGAUGGAAUCAUAGAAGAUGAUAUAGAUGAAAGCAGUAAUAAUGAGGAAGAAUCUGAUUAUAAUUAAGAUAGCAUUUACAGUAGUGAAAAUAGUUAAAGCGAACAAAAUGAAAAUUCUAAUACAGAAAGCGAUUAAGAAUCUAAUUCAGAUGAAAAAGAUGAACUUGUCAAUAAUAAGAAGAGGGAAGAUUCUUAUAAUAAUCCUCUCCAUUUAACUAAAAGGGAUAGCAUAUUUAAGGCUUAAGAUUAAGAAAAAAGAAGAAUAAGCUCAGUGAGUUAAAGGUGGAUAGCAAAUAGCAAUUUGGAACGUUAAAGAGAAAGACACACCUCUAUAGAUUUGGAUGCUUAAUAAUAAAAAUUAUAGUAAAAAAAGAAAGCCAGCUAGAACUUUAAUCCAAAAGAGUUUGUGAGGAAAUAAAAUAAACAUUAAACAGUUAAGAUAAAAGGCUUUUAAUCUUCGAAAUAAUAGUAAGAUUCUGCUGGUGAAUUUGAGAGAAAAGAAAGAAAAAAUAUUUCUAAAACACUACCAAAUCCACAAUCAGUAUCAGGCAAUAAUUAUAAAACUCAGUAUGCUUAACAAUAAUAUGGAUAAGACAAGUAUAAAAAUGACAAUUUAAAAAAUAAUUAAAAGAUGAACAAUAAUCUCAACAUUUCUCCUGAUUCCCCAAGCUCAACAGCAAUAAGAUCUAAUUAAACUAGCAAUGUUAAUAUCUAAAAUGAUUAUAUUAGCGAAUUUUAGGCAAAAAUUAAUGUUACCUAGACUAUGACACCAAGAGAUAAAUAAAGAGAAAUAAAUGCUCAUCAAUUAAAAAUAAUUGAAAAUGUUGAUAAUGUUAAUUAAACUAAUUUUUAUUCUACCUUGAAUUCAAAUAAUCACUCAAAAGCAACAUCAAUUACAGAACCAAUAACUUAUAGCAUUAACGUAAACUAGCACUAUUCCAAAACUAAUAGCAAUGAUUAACAAGGUUUGGCUAAGUAAUAGAGCUUAUAUCAGGAAUAAUUAUAUAAGGAAAAGAGGAAUUUAAUCCCUUCUAUUGAAAGUAAUGCUCUAAAAAUAUUGGAAGAUCCAAAUGAAAUUAUAAGUUUAUCAUUAAUUUCAAAAUCAGAUAAUACAAAAGGGACUUUUGAAAAUCUUUAAGAAAAAGAAUUAUCAGAAAAUGAUCUGAAAGGAGGUGGUCAAUAGAGUAGCCUAGGUGAAAUUGAAGGUUAAAAAAAUAUAAAUAAGAAUCAAGCUUAAAUUAUUAAAGAAUCUAAUCCAAAUAAAUAAAAUAAUUUACAACUCUCUUCAGUUUAUUAGUGUGACACUUAGAAAGAAGAUCAAAAUUCAAAAAGUUAAGAAAACUCAAAUGAUUUAAACAAAGAAGAUAAAGCUCUUAAAGCUUAAAAUAGUUUAGAUAACUCCUAAAAUAGUAAAACACAAAACUACAAAGAACAAAACAAGUUGAUGUUUAAAGGCAGCAUUUUCUCAUUGAAAAUUGCUGGUUUGUCAAAUAAAAACCAUUAAAACUAAUAAAAUUAAAAAUAAAAUAAAGAUGAAAACAUAAAUGAAGCUGAAAACCAAGAUACUUAAAAUAAAAAGCAAACCACUUAAAACAGCUAGUUUAGCUUAGAAUCUUGUGAAGGAUUGGAUGAACUUAAUAACAGCUAAAACAAUAUCAGUAUCUCUCCAAAAUAAAUUCCCUAAAAAGAGAAGGAACAGAAGUAAAAAAGUGGAAGAAAAGGGUCUACAAAAAAUAUUGAAGUAGCUUUAAGAAGAAGAUCUAAAAAGGAGUUAGAUAAAUUUGAGAAAAUAACUAAUGAUCAAUUAAACUAAUCUUAAAAAGACAUUAUAAAAUAAAUUAAAAGCAACGAUGAUAAAAAAAGUAAGAAAAGAAACAGUUCAAACACAAAUAAAAUUCAUUAAAUUUCAUUAAAAAACAACCCCUUAUAAGAAUAAGAGGGAAAUGAAAAUGAAAUUAACAAAAAUGAUAAAUCUACUGACUCAGUCCAUUCCUCUAAUAAUAGUAGCCCAAAAAACAAACCUACUUUUGAGAGGAAGGAUUCUAUUUUCGCUAAAAAUAAUAAUGUAAAUUUAAAAGAUGUCUAAAGUAUUCUCAAACGUAAAAAAUCUAUAAAUCUCUUUAUUAAUACACAGGAUAUUUCUUAAGGUUAAGUACAAGUCUUGAAAACACCUUAAACUGCUACUAAUAAAUUACCAUUUUAAAGGAAAUAAACCAACAAAUCAGAAACUCCUCGUAACUAAAGCAUCAAGCAAUCUAAUGAGAUUGAAUAAGAAUUUUUAAAUCAAGAAAAACACAAAAGAAAAGAUAAAAAGGCAAGAAUUUUGACUACUAUUAUUUCUCCGACUUUAGAAUCUCAAAAACAACAAAAAAUAAAUGCAAAUUUUGGAUAAAUGUUAGGUGUCUCUAAGAAUUCAGGAAAUUUUUUAGUACCUAAAAGCUAAGGAAAUUUAUUUAUGCCUUAAAGUAGCAAUUUGAUAGUACCUAUGAGCUCAUCUAAUUUUAUAUAGCAUACAAAUAGCUCUAGGUUACCACAAGAUAGUGUCUUAGAAGAUAAAGAUAGAAAAAUUCCUCUAAAGAAAAAAGUCACUAACAUAAGUGAUCAUUCAAAUAAUCACGUAGAGGUUCUUCAAAUUCCUAUACCACAAUCAAUAUAAAUAAAUAGUAGCCCAAAUACGGGAGCAAGUAAUAAUACUAAUCCUUAUGGAAUAUCAAUCAACAAGAAUUAUUAAAUGGGCUAAAAUAGCUAAUUCAAUUAAAAUACUUCUCAAUAAAAUCAGUACUUAAAGCAGCUCAGCUUUAAGAAUUAAAUGGAUUUUAGCUCAGCUUGGAUGUAGGUUUAGCAGUAACAAUAACAACCAAGUAUUUAAUCUUCAUAAAAGAGCAACAAUCUUUUGUAAGUUCCAAAUAAAAUUUCUUUCACUUUUUAAAAUGGUGAAAUAAUGUAGGCAAACCAAAAUUCUUAAUAAUAAUCAAUUCAAACACCACAACAGUAAUAAUAACAGUAAUCAUAAUAAUAAUAGUAAUAACAAUCUAGUCCUCACCAUACUUUCUAAAACUAGUUGUCUAUUAAUUAGUAUUUAAAUAAUAACAGUUAAUUGUUUAAUCUAAGCACCAAUCCUAUCAAUCCAUAGUCUCACUCUUCUUAGCUCAAAUAAUUUAAUCAUUAACAAUCAUUAAACUUAAUGGCUAAUUAGCCAUCUUAGUAAGGAUUAUCGCUUUAAUCAAACAAUUAAAUUUAAAAUUAGCAAUAGGCCUAACAAAUUAAUUCUGCUAGAGGAGAUUAACAACAGUCUGCUAAUUAGGCUUAGAAUUAAUCAUCUCUUCAAAAUAUCCAAUUUUAAAACUUCUAAUAACUUUAACAAUCUUUUCCUAUGAAUAUGCAAAAUAUGUAAAUGAAUAUGAUGAUGUUACCAUAAUCAAACAAUAAUUUACUCGUUUAGCCAUCAAAUACAAAUUUCGCUGAAAGCUAUUAUGAUAAUAACAACACACGCAAUUAAGAUUAUUAUAGCCAAAAAACAUUAUUUUUAUACGAUUUUGAUAAAAUGAAGGAAUUUACAAAUUACUUCCCUCAUAAUAAUUACACAUUAGUAUGCAAAGAGAAAAAGAGAGUUGUCAAUAGAAAAAACUACUUUGUGAAUAAAAAGAUGGGUAAUUCUACAAGAAACAUUAUGCAAAGCAAAAAUCCUUUACCUCAUCCAUCACCAAGAGGUAACAUAAUGAUGAAUAAUUUUAAUACAUCGUUUCGUGGAGCUCUAAAUAGAAAUGAAAGGGUUAUCUCAACUUAAGGAAAUAAUGGAAGUUUAAAUAAUAUUCCAAAUAGCAAUAAUGCAAGUAUCAUAAAAGAUAAUUAAAAUGAUUUGCAUACAUCUGGCUCUUUUGGUGAUAAACUUAAGCAUAAGUUGAAGAAAGCAACGGAACAACUGAUAAAUAGCAAGCGUAACUCUGGAAGAUCAAAUACAAAGCAAAGAACUAAAGGUGGUGACGUUCUAGUAGUAUCAAACUUUAAUACUCAUGCUCCUAGAAAUUCCUCAUUUUUCUAAAUUAGCAAUAUUAACCUUGACGCUGAGGAGAAGAAAAAUAUUGAUGGAAGUAGUGUAGAAAUUUAAAAAGAUGAAAAUAAACUUCGUACAAACUCCCUUCAGUUAGAUUCUAAAAUCUCUGACACACCCAAGGCAGAAGAAAUCGACCAUAACGAUACCAACAUAAAUGAUGAAUAAUAAUUGAAAAAGCAAUCAGCAGAAAACAAUAUUAUGAUUAGUAAUUUUGAUUUUAUCAAUAAAACUCAAUCUGAGUAAUUUAAUUAUAAGUAAAAAACUAAUUCAAUUGUGAUUGAAUAAAGUGAAAUGACUAACAAAGAUAGCUGA